AGAAAACAAAAUCUACGCAAAGCAAAUUCGCCACGGCGAACCUCAGAAAUAGAAAGUCAGAGGAGGGAUUUUCAGCGACGUGAGGAAACCUUCCAGAGACAGAUACGGGAGACGCAGCAACGCCAGCAGGAUUUACAAAGGAAACUCAGAGUAGUUAAAGAACGGUAUCAGGACUCUCAAAGCCACCUAACGGAUAUUGAGCAACAUGAACAAAAUAUGCAGCGGCUGUUGAGAGAGCUUCAGGAAAGAGAAAAAAAUUCUCAAAGGCAGCUGAUGGAGUUUCAACAACGUGAAGAAUAUUCUCAGAGGCAGCUGAGGGACUUUCAACAACGUGAAGAAAAUUCUCAGAGACAGCUGACGGAGUUUCAACAACGUUAAGAAAAUUCCCAGAGGCAGCUGACGGAGUUUCAACAACGUGAAGAAAAUUCCCAGAGGCAGCUGGUGGAGUUGCAGCGGCAACUGAGGGAGAUAGGAGAGCAGUUGACCAAUUGCCGAGGACAAGUUUCUGAAGUACAGUUAAGUCUUUCAACAGCACAGGAAACAAUAAAUCAAUUGCGGAACCAGGAAACACGUGACUGGGUUAUUCCCCGGGACGAAAUUCAAAUCACAGAGAAAUACCUUGGGAGGGGAGGGUGGGGAAUUGUCAAUGAGGGAACGUAUUGUGGCUGUACUGUAGCAGUGAAACAGAUCCAUGAGUUGAUUCUUUCUCCUCAUAACAUAAAUCUGUUUGAAAGAGAAAUGAAUAUCGCUUCUAAAUGCCGCCAUCCUCACUUACUACAGUUCAUCGGCGCCACGAAAGAUGAGGGAACUCCUCUGUUUGUGACCGAGCUGAUGGAGAAAAGUCUGCGCACUUUGUUGGAGCAGCGGCAACUCUCCGAGACAGAAAUAGCCGUCAUUUCUCUGGAUGUAGCACGUGCCCUGAACUACCUUCAUAGAAAGAAACCAGAGCCUAUCAUUCACCGUGUCGUCAGCAGUGCGAAUGUGUUGCUAUGGCGACAGGGUGACCAAUGGAGAGGCAAAGUGUCAGAUUAUGGCACUGCUAAUUUCAUGCAGCAGACCAUGACAGUGGCUCCGGGAGCUAUGAUUUACAGCGGACCUGAAGCACUUAUAUCAAACCAAACAGUCAAGGUAAGUUUUAGUCACUGUUCAAGGCUGUUAACAUUAACAUAAGAAUUAAGUGACCCUUACCCAUGCAUCGUAUCGGUCGUGGUUUCUUCUUUCCAUUGUCAUCGUCGGGGAUUACGGAAGAAGUGGCCGCGUUAGUUUGUUGGCUUUAUUAUGGCACAGUGUUAUGUUUUGUCGUUGUUUUUUUUUCAAGCGGAGUAGAAAACUGUUGUCCCCGUAUAGCCUCUUGAGUUAUCCAAUGGACAAUUUUAUUGGAAAGUGUCCUGUUGAAUUUCUCGUUUUAUAAGAUACCUGUAGAUCUGUUCAAAAUUGGUCAAAUAUCUGCCAUUUUUGGCGGUGAUUUUGCCACUACAGCGUAUAUUUAGCUCAUUGUUUAAAAUUAACCGAAUCCAUCGGUGUGCACCCAAAACUGGUCUUAAUUGUGCUCUUUAACGGCGAAAUUUCAAUCAUCCCUUCUAUGAGCUCCCUCGGCCUCUGACCGCAUUUUCGCGCGCUCAAAUCCUCCCCCCCUCCUACGCUUGUAAGUUAUCAGUCAACCUCAUUUAGACCAUCUCAUUAGUGAAUUGGUUCUGAUGCAGCUUUAAGAUGUUUAGUCACUACAACAUGUAGAUCAUGAUAUAAAUAACGAGACGCCUAAAAGUUGUCCCCGUGGGAAUGCAUUGGUGUAUACAGGCAUAAAAUACCUUUUGAUAAAGGUUGGAAAAACGUUGUUUUAAAAAGGUUUUUUUCUGGCUGCCUACAGUCCCCGUAUAAUCGCUAUUUUUGCUCUAAAUUCCGCUCAUAGGUUCUCAUAUUAACGAGCUUUUGUAGCUCCAAAUGGAACUCAGUGUUUAUCGGCAACUGUAAUUUUCCUGCUUGUCUUGGCAAACUCAGUUUGGCUGUGAUGAACAACUGCCCCGAAUAAUGUCCCUGCAAUGAAAACGUAGCCUGCGUUGCAGACGUAACGUAACCAAACCCCGGCAAGAAACGUCAAGAAGCGUUCUGGGCCGCCCGUACCAGGAUUUUAGUACGCGCCAUGAUUGGCCUGUUAAAGAAGCCAUUGCCAAUUCACGAAUCAUAUUGAAAGGAAAUUCAAAACACACUUCCGGUAACUCGUUGAAUCAAGUAGGGGUUCAGAACAAUGAUCUCACCGCUGCUUUGCAGACGUUACUAACCGGGGUUAGAUUACGUCGGCGACAUAGGCCAUGAAAACCAAACCUCGUUGGAUAUUUACUAACUGUAGCAGGAUUAGCUCAGUUGGUAGAGCGCUGGACUACGGAGCGGAAGGCCGCGGGUUCCACUUCUGGGGCUGGACCAUUACUCACUCCCUUUGCACUGCAAGCGGCUAGACCUUGGCGUGUCUUGGAUGACCACGUGAAAUAGCGGUCCUGUCUCCAGUUGAAGACGUUAAAAUAGUGUCCCCAAUUAGUACUUUCGUGCUAAAUACCUUGACACUCAAAUAAAGUGCAUUGUUUUAAAACAAUAUUGACUUCCUCAAAUUAUGUUUUAUUGUUGUUAGGUUGACGUCUACAGCUUUGGUGCUCUUCUUUGCGAAAUGUGCAUCAGACAACUUCCAGAUCCUCAAAGGCGUAACGAACAAGUGGUGCUGGUAACGAACGGUGUGUUUCGUGGCCUGGUGCGGCGAUGCCUUCAGAGAGAGCCUGGUGCGAGACCAACAAUGCAGGAGAUAAUCGAUGAACUGAAAGACUUCGAUCCAACUUCUUAA